AUGAUAGCAACAGGAUUUAUAGAUAAUGGGGCAAAAGUUUAUAUUUCUUCAAGAAGCAAGGAUACUUGUGAUAAGGUUGCUAAAGAAUUAUCUGAUAAAGGGCCAGGUAAAGCUGUUAGUAUACCGGCAAAUUUACAACAUUUAAAUGAAGUCAAACGAUUAGCUAAUGAAAUUAAAGAACGUGAUGGAAAGCUACACAUAUUAAUUAAUAAUGCUGGUGCGAGUUGGGGUGCUCCUAUUGCUUCUUAUCCAGACGAGGCAUUUGAGAAAAUUAUGAAUUUGAACGUUAAAAGAAUUUUUAGUUUUACACAAGCAUGUUUACCAUUACUUGAGAAAGCUGCAUCACCAAAAGAUCCGGCAAGAGUAAUUAAUAUUGGAUCAAUUGCCGGUUUGGAAACACCAUUCAACGAAACAUAUGCAUAUUCAACUUCCAAAGCAGCUUUACUUCAUUUAACAAAAGUAAUGGCGGGACAAUUAUCAAAUCGUCAAAUUACAUUUAAUAAUAUUGCACCUGGACCUUAUCAAUCAAAAAUAACGGCUAAAGCUUUGAAAGAUCAUGGCGAAACAAUUAAAUCAGAAGUGCCUUUAGAUAGAAUUGGAGCAGCUGAAGAUAUUGCCGGUACCGCGAUUUAUUUAUCUAGUAAGGCCGGCGCUUUUACUAAUGGUGCUACUAUUACAGUUGAUGGUGGUUUGAUUUCUAGACCCAUUAAUUCCAAUUUAUAA